AUGUCACGUCUAUCACUCCGCUUAGGUCUCCUGGGUGGACUCGCAACCUUUUAUUUUGGCUCUAGCGUCAUUGCCGUGAAUGAUUCAAACGGGGAAGUCUUGAAAUAUGUCGAUCCUUUGAUCGGUACAGCGAAGGGAGGCCAUGUUUUUGCAGGCGCCACCCUGCCAUACGGAAUGGCCAAAGCUGUAGCAGACACGGCGGGUGAGAACCAGGCUGGCUUUGCUUAUGAUACCGAGGUGGUUACCGGAUUCUCACACAUGCAUGACGAUGGAACUGGCGGCUCACCGUCGAUGGGAAACUUCCCCAUCUUUGUUCAAGCCAAUUGUCCACAUGAUGAUCUCAACCAAUGCAAGUGGCAGCAGUCUGAUAGAGCAUCUGCCUGGGACAAAAAUUCCGUCAAAGCUCGUCCGGGUUACUUCGGUAUCUCGCUGGAAAAUGGCGUCCAUGCAGAAAUGACAACAACGAAUCGAUCGGCUCUGUACAAGUUCAGCUUCACUAAUACCAGCGAACCACUCAGCCCGCUUAUCCUCCUGGACUUGAUGGACCUGCCCCAGUCACGAAGAAAUGGGACUGCCAAUGUUGAUCCAGAGACUGGCCGUCUGACCGGAAGUGGUGUUUUCGCUCCCAGCUUUGGCAUUGGAACUUAUAAGUCUUACGUUUGCGUCGACUUCAAGGGAGCUGAGCUUCGUGGCACCGGAAUUUGGGCGAAGAACAGGACCAACAGUGGCAGAAACACUUUGGAACUCGGAGCCAACAUAGGGGCUACUGCCUCAGCUGGUUCAUUUGCCAGAUUCCAUACCCCGAAAGACGGCACCAUUCUGGCUCGCGUUGGGGUCAGUUUCAUCAGUAUUCAGCAAGCGUGCUCUAACGCAGAGCGAGAGCAACCCGACUGGGACUUCGAAGGCACUGUUUUGGCUGCUGAAUCUGCCUGGAAAAAGAAGCUAGAUGUAGUGUCCGUGGAUACGACUGAUGUCUCUUCUGAUCUCCAAACAAUAUUCUGGAGUGGAUUAUACCGAACAAUGAUCAGCCCCCAGGACUACACCGGCGAGAACCCUCUCUGGAAAAGUGACGAGCCAUAUUACGACAGCUUUUAUUGCAUUUGGGACUCUUUCCGUAGCAUCCAUCCACUACUGACUUUGGUCGACCCUCAAUCUCAAUCGCUCAUGAUUCGGAGCUUGAUUGACACAUACAGACACGAAGGGUAUUUGCCCGACUGCCGCAUGUCGCUUUGCAAGGGCAACACACAAGGUGGCUCCAAUGCCGAUGUCGUCAUAGCCGACGGAUAUCUGAAAAAGAUUCCCGGCGUCGAUUGGGAUACUGCCUAUGAGGCUGUCGUAAAAGACGCCGAGGUCGAGGCACCGAAUUGGGACGUUGAAGGCCGCGGCGGUCUUCACAGCUGGAAACCCCUCGGCUAUAUCCCGUACCAAGAUCACGAUCCCUAUGGCAAAGGCACCCAUACAAGAAGUGUUUCGAGGACCGUCGAAUAUGCCUACAAUGACUUCUGUAUCGCCAAGAUGGCUCAGGGCAUGGGGCUCGAGGCCGACCAAGAGAAAUACACGAAAAGAUCAGGCAACUGGGCUCACGUUUUCAAACCGGACCAGAAGUCAAGCAUCAAAGGCGUUGACACUGGUUUCACUGGAUACCUCCAGCCUCGAUUCAUGAACGGCACAUGGGCCUACCAGGAUCCGAUCUUCUGCAGCCCACUUUUGAACUUCGAUUCUUGCUAUCUUAACCCUGAUGGUCACGAGACUUAUGAGGGUAGCGCGUGGAUGUAUACCUUCUACGCACCCCAUGAUAUGGGGUCUCUAAUCAAAACCCUUGGCGGCGCCGAGUCUUUCACUUCACGAUUGAGUUAUCUCCAUGACUCUGGAUUGCUCUAUGUCGGCGACGAGCAGGCCUUCUUGCCCGUCUACCAGUUCCACUACGCCGGACGUCCCGGCCUUUCGGCAAAGCAAAGCCACUUUUACAUCCCGUCUCAAUUCAACACUUCCGUAAACGGCCUUGCUGGUAACGAUGACAGUGGAGCCAUGGGAUCUUUCAUCGUUCUCAGCAUGAUGGGCGUCUGGCCUGUAGCUGGUCAAGAUGUCUAUCUCAUCACCCCGCCAUACUUCAAGGAAGUCAGUGUUCGCAACGAUAUCACUGGAAAGGUAUUCACUAUCCGAAAUAUCAAUUUUGAUUCCAGCUACAAGUCAAUCUACAUCCAAUCCGCCAAGUGGAAUGGCAAAACGUGGACAAAGAACUGGUUCACUCAUGAUUUCUUCACCGAAGGUGGUGUCCUUGAACUUGAAUUAGGUUCUAAGGAGAGUCAAUGGGGAACACAUACUGCAGAUCUACCGCCUAGCUUGAGUGACUAUGAGUGA